AUGGCCGGCGUGAACGUCGCGUUCGUCGCGAUCGCGUCCGCGCUCGCGGGCGCGAAGCUCCAGGACAUCAUGAAAUCCCUCCUCGAUCGACGCGCGGACGCGGACGCGGACGCGGACGCGGACGCGGACGGCGAUCGGCGCACGAAGAAGAAGAUCCCCAUCUCGCCGUCGUCGUCGAGCCCGCCACGGACGCCGUCCAAGGCGCCGACGGUCGCGUCGCUGAGAUCCCCGCGCGAGCUCGACCCGCCCAAGCCGCCGGCGCCGUCCUCCUCCUCCUCCUCCGAGCUCUCCGUCGUCUGCCCGCGAUGCGACGCGCCCGCGACGCCGCCGCUCUCGAGGCGCGGCGUCGGAAAGAAGAAACCCGAUCCGUUCAGCGCGGAGGGACGGCGCGACUAUCUCUCGUGGGACGACUACUUCAUGUCCGUCGCGUUCCUCUCCGCGCAGCGCAGCAAGGACCCGAACAAGCAAGUCGGCGCGGUCAUCGUCGGCGCGGACAAGGUCAUCUCCGGCGUCGGGUACAACGGCUUCCCGCGCGGGUGCAGCGAUCGAUCGCUCCCUUGGGCCAAGCGUUCGCCCACCGACGACCCCAUGGAGACUAAAUACGCGUACGUGUGCCACGCGGAGAUGAACGCGAUCAUGAAUAAAAACUCGCAGAGCUUGAACGGGGCGACGAUGUACGUCACCAUGUAUCCGUGCAACGAGUGCAGCAAGCUGAUCAUUCAGUCCGGGAUAACGGAGGUGGUGUACUUCGAAGGGAAGCUCGCGAUCGACGCCGCCGCGGGCGACAACGCGGCGGCGACGAGCGAUUCGUCGUCGUCGCUCAGCGCGCUGCCGGAGAACGUGCGGGGCGACGCGGCGACGGACGCGGCGGCGGGGGCGACGCCGGCGCCGUCGACGCCGCUGGGGAAAGAGAACGAAGCGGGCAAAGAGUCCUCGUCGGGCGCCGCGGACAAACGAAAAAACGUCCGAGAAGAGGAAGAAAAAAUCUCGACGCCGACCAAGGGCGGGAUGCAGGCGAACCCCACGUACGCCGCGGCGUCGAAGCUCCUCGCGCUCGCCAAGGUGGUCGUGCGGCAGCACACCCCGCGCGCGGUCGUCGACGUGUCGUACGACUGACCGAUAGUUCGUGUAGUGAACGUAUAUUGUAGUAGUAAGGUUUAUGUAUUACCAGCGCCGGAGACACCGCCUGCCGCGGGUCC